AGUCUUCUGAUGGCUCCAACAGCCUUUUUAGUAGCCAACAUGCCUCAUGGAAUUAAACUUUGACAAUCUACGCUCCGCGUGCGUAUGUCGCAGUGACUGCUCUCGGAUGAAUGGAGGCUCCAGACUAAUGCAAAAAGUUAUCUGACUCACCCAAAACAGUAUAAAAGGAGUGCAUUGAUUCGUAGUUUUCAGUUGUUGUAUUGAAGUGCUUGUAUACUUUUCAAUUGUAUUAAACAUGUUACUUUCAAAAAUUUUAAUUUUGAUUCUAUUAUUAUUCUUGUUAAAUAUAAUAGAAGUUGAAAGUACUGAUCAGAAAUAUUCAUUAGAAACCAGAUAUAUUGAAGUACCUCUAGAUCAUUUUUCAGCAGUUCCGUCGCCGACGUUCUUCAAAUUAAGAUACCUAAUAAACUCCAAGUACCAUGUUCGAGGAGGGCCAAUAUUUGUCUACACCGGCAACAGUGUUGACAUUUCAAUUAUUGCUCAAAACACAGGAUUCAUGUUUGACAUUGCACCCGUAUUCAACGCUCUUCUCGUUUUCAUCGAACACAGAUACUAUGGACAAUCACUGCCCUUUGGAAAUGCAUCGUUCUCAUCCCCAGAAAAUAUGAGGUAUUUAUCUUCUACCCAAGCACUUGCAGAUUACGCAUCCGUCAUAGAAUAUUUAACAAGGAGCUUCUAUGAAAAUGUUAUAACCUAUGAUACUUAUCCAGUCGUUGCUUUUGGAGGAUCAUACGGAGGAAUGUUGGCCGCCUGGUUAAGAAUGAAAUAUCCCUAUUCAGUUAUAGGAGCUAUUUCAUCUUCGGCACCAAUGUUCUACUUUCCUGGAAUGACAAACUGCGACUUAUUUUAUGAUAAAGUUACACAAGUUUUUGAGAAAUUUGGACGCGAGCAAUGUGUCAAGGCCAUUAAGCUAGGGUGGGAUGUCAUCAUCAAUUUAUCGAAAACAAAAUUAGGAAUGGACUUUAUAUCUACUACAUGGAAACUAUGUGGAAGACUAAAGGGUCCUGAAGAUACUGAAACAUUAUUGAAUUGGUUAAGCAAAAUAUACGUUAAUAUAGCAUUGGCAAACUACCAUUAUCCAACAGAUUUGUACACACCUUUACCAGCUUAUCCAGUGAAGGUAUUCUGCGAUAAACUCACCACUUCAUACUUCAACGAUACGAAAGGUCUAAUAGAACAUUUUAGUCAUGCCUUAGAGAUAUAUACCAAUUACACUGGAAAGCGAGUAUGUAACAAUAUAAAUAGUACAUACGAUGAUUACACCGAAUUUGCUUAUGAUUACCAACAAUGCACAGAACUCAUAAUGCCUAAAUGUUCAACAGAUGCUGACAUGUUUAUGACGAAACCUUGGGAUUACGAAAAAUACUCUAUGGAUUGUUAUAAGAAGUUCGGGGUUAGGACAUUACCUCCUGAUUGGGGUCUAAUAGCUUAUGGAGGAAAAAAUUUGAAAUACUAUUCUAAUAUUGUUUUCAGUAAUGGUAUGAUGGAUCCAUAUUCAUGUGGUGGCGUUACGGGUAAUAUGUCUGCCACAGUCUGGGCGUUUAAUAUUUCCGAUGCUCCACAUCAAGUAGAUUUGAGAAACUCUGAUGUUGCUGAUAAUAAUUACAUCUUAGGGGCAAGAUCAUUUUACAUUCAAGCUAUUAAGCAGUGGUUAAAUAUGGCAUAAAUUUUAAUUACUGAGGUUAUAUAUUACUGCCAGUGGCGUAGCCAGCCUUGCGUGGCGGAGGGGUCAUACAUUUAAAGGGGCGCAAUAUUUUUAUUUGUUAAAAAAAAUAAAACCUUGUAUAUUCUAACGUAUUUUUAAAAUAUGUCUUGUUCAAAUCCAUAUAACUUUUAAUUCAAAACUUGUUUAUGUAUCUACAACACAAAUUGAUUUAUCGAGCAAUUAGGUACUAAUUGGACAUCCUGCAUAAUAUAUGAAUAUUCUCACGUAAUUUAUUACCAUUCGAAUUUCCUUGGAGACGCCGCUGCAUGCGAGCACUCUUAAAUAAUUGGCUUUAACAUGUUAAAAAUUUAUAAUAAUCAUAACUUACAAGAUGUAUACAUUAAAAACGUUGCACUUUCAAAUUAUUGAUUUUAAAACCGAAAAAGGUUUAAUUUUAUUUGUUUUUUUUGCACUGGUGAUAUAAUGAAUUUUUCGAAACCAGUUUCAUAAUAUUCAACAUUAUGCAACUGGUUGCGUAAAAUAGAUCAUUUUGACACUUGCGCGAUUAAAAAAAAAGUCACUUUAUAUGUCAAAAUUAGAAAAAAUAAUAUUGAAGGUGUUGUUUUUAAAAAUAUGUUGCCAAAUAGUUUUCAAUUUCAAUGAAUGUUACAGGGUGUAAUAAAAGUAACUAUUUAUUGUGUAUAUAGGGCGGCAGGGGCGCCUAGCAAGGGGGGCGAGAGGGGCAAGCGCCCCUCCUGGCCCCCAUUUGGCUACGCCACAGUAAUACUGCGGCUGUUAAAUAAAAAACACUAUAGACUUUUACUUAACUGAAAUACAGCAUUAUAGAAUUAAUUUAGUUAAAUAUCUAAAACGCUAUUAUUGUAGUUGUAACUAGGAACAUUGUAUCAAAUCAUGCAAUGCUAAAAUGAUAAAGUAUUUUAUGUUUUUAUUGAAAUAAAAAUGUACCGGUAC